AUGCCUCCUGGAUUAUGUUAUCUUUUGAUUUUUCUGAAAUUAAAUCAUGUUUCUGGAUGUGUAUGGCCAGAAGUAGAUGCUCUAUUCAUAAUGGACUCUACUCCACAAGUUACCUCAUUUCAACAUCGGGCAGAAGUUGACUUUUUGAGACAGGUAAUGUCCACAAUGAAAAUGAGCUCGUCAAAAGUUGCGAUGGCUCAGUUUACUCCUUGGUCUAGGGUGGAAUGGAGUCUUUCGAAUGCAACAUAUCCGGAAUCUAGAAUUCAAGAAGCACCAUACUGUCCAUGUGAAUUGGAAAAUUGCCAAUCAACAAGUGUUAAUUCUUUGACUAGGUCCACAAUGAGUUCAUCAAAUCGCAAAGGGGUUCCAGAUGUGAUUUUAGUGAUAUCAAACAGUUAUCAACCAUUGGUCGAAGUUCUUCCAAAUGAGCCCCUCAUUUCUCCUUCAUCUCCACUCCACGUCUUCUAUAUUGUAAUUGGAUCAAAUAUGCAUGUAUCUCGAUUUGAACCAUCUGCUCACACCGUGGGAAUCAAAGUGACAGAUUUCGAACAUCUUCCUCAUUUGGUUGGACCACUAUGUCAAAGUGUAAAUGGAUACAUCAAAGGUACAUCCACCACUCGAUUCGGUCCUCUCUGUUGGAUUAUAAUAGGAGCUAUUCUACUAUUUGCACUUAUUCCAGUGGCACUUUUGCUUUAUGCCAUUUACAACUACAACGAAGAGAGUGAGUUUCCUAAUCAUCGAAUUCAUGAAAUCCUACUAUUCAGAUCGCCGCUUGCGACAUCGAAUAUCCGAAUCCGAACGUCUUCUUCGGAAACAGAACGAGUACUUUACAUCUCAACUUCAUUCGGAGAUGCAGAAACAAAUAGCAAACGGAGAGAAGCAUGCAGAAGAGAUGAAAAAACAACAGGAUAUGAUUCAGUCUCAGUUCGAUCGACAGCUGGAUAUGGCUUAUCAACAAGGCUCAAAAAUACAGAUACUUCCUCCGUUUAUUCAACCACCUCCUCUCCAUCACGAACAUCAUUCAGGAAAGGAAAGAAUUUGAGUAAAAGAAGCGAUCGAAGAGACUCCGGUAUUGAAUCCCCAAGAAGUCCGAGAGAAGUAGAAGUUCAAGUUACUCCCAUUUCCACUUCAAGAGACAAUUCAAAAGAAGAAGGCGAAGAAGAUAAUCAAUCUUCAGGAACAUCGGAAAGUAUAUUGAGUUCGGGAAGUGAUAUCACCGAUAGUACAGAAACCGAUUUGGAAGAAUUGAAUAGAAGAACACAUCUUCCACGAGACCAUCCAGCUAGGAAGUUGCCACCGAUCGAUUUGAUGUUUCUAGUUGACACAUCGAGUAGUAUUGGAAUUAACAACUUUGACAUUCAAAAGAACUUCAUCUGUGAAAUCCUGAAAGAUGUGGAUGUUGCUCCUGGAAGAUCUCGAAUUUCAAUGGUCCAAUACGCUCAAGAUCCAAGUGUUGUAUUCGGAUUCGAUCAGUACUACUCGUAUGAAAGUGUUCGGCGGGGAGUCAUGAGACUUUCCUAUACGGGAGGUGCGACCAUGUUAUCAAAAGCAUUGGCGUUUGCCGGAGGGAUAAUGUACCACGAACAGAAUUUAAAGAAAACGACCAAGAGACAUCAGUUCUUGCCAACCCCAAAACAUGAUCGACUUCAGGUUCUCUGUCUUGUUUCCGACGGUUAUUCAGAUGACAGUGCUGAUAAGGAGAGUGUGAAUCUUCACGAUCGUCUACAUGUGAAGAUUUUCGCAGUGGUCACCAGAUCAUUCAACAAGGACAAAUUGGUACCGAUAACUCGAUUUGAUGGAAGUGUCUUUACCGUACACCAGAGGGAAAGUGUUGCGAUUUGGUUAUGGAGACAGCAGAGAAUAUGGGCAGAACAUUAUAGUGCAUUCAUUGAGAAAGAGAAGAAGAGGGCGGAGAGAAGUGCCAGGAGAUGA